CUCGGUCUGUCUGCGGAGAGGCGGCGGUAUGGACGGCAGCUUCUUCACGCAACUUUUCAACGGAGACUUUAAAGCGUCCUUUUUUCGCUCUAGUCCACUUAUAUGACUUAGGAAUGGGGUUGUAAGAGGAGUACAGCAAAGUUGAGCCCGACGUGACCGCUUAAAAUCUUUUUGUUUUCUUUUUAGUUCGACUUGUCAGAGGAGAAAGGGGGGGAAAAAUGCCAGUUGCAACUCUUCUACCUUUCACCGCUCCGCCGAAUAGGAAGUCCGCCAGCCCGACUUCUUUCAGGCUGACGGAGAAAUUCAUUCUGCUCCUGGUGUUCAGCGCUUUCAUCACCCUCUGUUUCGGGGCUAUCUUCUUCCUGCCGGACUCGUCGAAGCUCCUCAGCGGAGUUUUCUUCCGCUCCCCGGCCGUGGAGACCAACACCCGCACCGGUCCGGAGAGCAGCUACUCGGGCUCGGCGGCGAGCGACGACCGGGUCCUGGCCAAGAUCAAGAAGGACCACGAAAAGGCGCUGCUGGAGGCCAAGGACACGCUGCAGAAGCGACCCGAGGAGAUCGAGCGGGACAUAAUGAACGACAAGAAGAAGGUUAACAGCGCGGGUCAGGCCGGGGACGAUGGGAAUAAAAUACCUUUCAUUGAGUACCACCGCCCGCCCGGGGCGACGGGACACGAACCGCUGGACCCCGAAACUAAGGAGAGACGGGCGAAAAUCAAAGAGAUGAUGAAGCACGCCUGGGACAGCUACCAGCGCUACGCCUGGGGUUCCAAUGAGCUGCGGCCGGUCUCCAAGCAGGGCCACUCCAGCAAUCUAUUUGGGAGUAUAAAAGGCGCAACAAUCGUGGAUGCUCUGGACACCCUCUAUAUCAUGGAGAUGUUUGACGAGUUUGGUGUUGCUACAGAGUGGGUGGAGAAAAACCUGGACUUCAACAUGAAUGCAGAAGUGUCUGUGUUUGAGGUCAACAUCAGGUUUGUUGGAGGUCUGCUGUCGGCCUACUACCUGUCUGGGAAAGAGGUGUUCCGUAGGAAGGCGGUGGAGUUGGGUGAAAAGCUGCUGCCAGCCUUCAAAACGCCCACAGGCAUCCCCUGGGCUCUGCUCAACCUCAAGAGCGGUGUUGGCAGAAACUGGCCUUGGGCCUCAGGGGGGAGCAGCAUCCUGGCAGAAUACGGCACCCUGCAUCUGGAGUUCAUGCAUCUCAGCAAACUCUCCGGAAAUCCAGAGUUUGCUCAAAAGGUCAUGAACAUCAGGAAAGUGCUGAAUCGUCUGGAGAAACCUCAGGGACUUUAUCCCAACUACCUGAAUCCAAACAGCGGCCAGUGGGGCCAACAUCACGUGUCUGUGGGCGGCCUCGGCGACAGUUUCUAUGAGUAUCUGCUCAAAGCCUGGCUGAUGUCAGACAAGACGGACGAGGAAGGAAAGAAGAUGUACUAUGACGCCCUCCAGGCGAUAGAAACCAACCUGAUGAGGAAGUCGAGCGGCGGGCUGACCUACAUAGCCGAGUGGAAGGGAGGUCUGCUGGAGCACAAGAUGGGCCACCUGACGUGUUUCGCCGGCGGCAUGAUCGCUCUGGGCGCCGACGGGGCCCCCGACGACAAGACGGGCCACCAGAUGGAGCAGGCGGCGGAGAUCGCACGCACCUGCCACGAGUCCUACGCCCGGACAGCUUUGAAGCUGGGUCCGGAGGCUUUCCGUUUCGACGGCGGAGUGGAGGCCAUCGCCACGCGGCAGAAUGAGAAAUACUUCAUCCUUCGCCCGGAGGUGAUCGAGACCUACAUGUACAUGUGGAGAUUCACCCACGACCCCAAGUACAGAGAGUGGGGCUGGGAGGCCGUCCAGGCCUUGGAGCGCCACUGCAGAGUAGAGGGAGGCUACAGCGGCGUCAGAGACGUCUACGCCUCGUCUCCGAACCACGACGACGUGCAGCAGAGCUUUUACCUGGCCGAGACGCUAAAGUACCUUUACCUGCUCUUCUCUGACGACGACCACCUACCCUUCGAGCACUGGGUCUUCAACACCGAGGCUCACCCUCUGCCCAUCAUCAGGAAGGAGAAAAUGGACACGCACAACGAAGUGGAGUAGCGGAGGCCUCAGAGACGAGUGCGUUCAGCGUCACGCCGACAUGGACUCCUAUUUCACCUCCAACCGUACAUCAGCCAGACAGCCGACGUUCUCCUUUCACAGCUUCCAAUGUGUGAAAACAGCCUCAGAAAUGUAAAAAAAGAAAAAAAAAGAAACGAGGAAAAACUCGUUUGCUCAAUCAUUUCAUUUCACGUUCGUAUGCGGUGUUUUAAUUUCAUGGGGAAAUUUGAUUUAUUGUGGUAAAUAUAAUUAUUGUUGAUAUGAAAUGUAAAUAUUGCAUUGCGGCGGAUCAGCCGUUUAGCAUUUAUAUAAAGAUUCUUCUGAAGUUAUGGAAUAAAAUGAUAUUGAACAGCAGACUUUUUAAAUAAACUAUAUUUGUUACACUUCUAUUGUGAAUAAAACAUCUUUUAAUAAGU